AUGUGGGAUCCUUGGCUGCGUGAGAAUGGUUGUUGUUGGGUUAGUGGACCACAAGUUCAGGAAGUGCAUGAUCUCUUCGUUAAAGACCUUUUGCUCCCUAAUGUUAAACAAUGGGAUGUGGGAAAGGUGAACUCUCUUUUUGAUCAUGUGGGGGCUGCAAGUAUUCUCAGAGUGCCUUUGGUGGAGGAUGUGGUGGAAGAUAGAUUGGUCUGGCAUGAGGAGAAGAAUGGAGUUUAUAGUGUGAAAUCGGGUUAUAGACUUUGGAGAGGGGUGCAAAGUAGAUCUACACACUACGAUAUGGGAGGAAAUUGGAAAAGUUUGUGGAACAUAUCCGCGCCUUCGCGAGCUAAGCAUUUGUUAUGGAGAAUUUGCAGGGGCUGCCUUCCAACCCGCUAUAAUUUGCAACAACAUCAUGUUCCUUGCCCAUCUCUUUGUCCUUGGUGCGAUUUACAAGAUGAAGAUGAUUGUCGAGAGGACCGACGGGUUGCGGGUAGAUUUGCUGUUAUGCUUGAGGUCCUUUGGCGGAGUAGAAAUAAUGUGGUUUGGCAAGAUGAUCGUCAAGAUGCUAUAAGAAUUGGUUUACAAGCUUAUUAUAACUGGUAUGAUUGGUUUUUAGCUAGAGAGGAUCAUAUAAGGGAUGUUAAUAAUAAUCAUCCAGUGGUUUGGAUUCCGCCUAUGUUAAAUCAUGUGAAAUGUAAUGUUGAUGCAGGGUUUAAUAAUGUUUGUGGUACUACUAAUAGAGGAUGUUGCUUUAGAGAUCAUUUGGGGAGAAUCAUCAAAGGAGGUGUUUCUUGGGACGUGGGUUUUCUUUCUGUUCAUGAAGCUGAAGCCAUGGCGUUGAAGGAAGCAAUUCAUCACGCCAGCUCAUCACAUUUCUCUCAUGUUACCUUUGAAAGUGAUUGUCAGCUAGUUGUUAAUUCUAUUAGAGCCAAAAAUGCUGGCCCCUCUGAAUUUAGUCUUAUUAUCAAAUCUAUUCAGAAUUUGUUAAGUUUUUUUCCGAACUUUAAGGUAAAGUUCAUUAAGCGCCAAGCGAAUUCGGUUGCCCAUACUUUAACUAAGGCGGCCAAUUCUUGGUCUAGGCGUAGUUUCUUUAAUUUGGUACCUCCUUGUAUUGAGUUUUGUUUGAUGAAUGAAAGUUGUUGA